GGUUCCGAGAAUGAAAGAAAGGCGAGGUAUUAGAGUGGUCCUUGUACUGUUAUAUCUUGUUCUAGGCACUAGAGGAAAAGGUGCAAAAACUAUAAUACAAUGGGAAAAUACUAGCGAGAUCCUCACAUACCCACAAGUUAAUAAAACCAUGAUGCAAGAUGGAGAUGUCUAUGAUUGUAUUGAUGUGAAUCGGCAACCCGCCUUUAACCACCCAUUUUUGAAAGACCACAAAAUUCAGAUGAAACCAAGUUCUUUUCCAGUCGGAGUGAAUAUAAAUUCUCCGGUCCUACAUGUCGCCUCACAAGCAGAUUUGCCUAUCGUCGAAUGCUCAACAGGAAUGGUUCCAAUACUACGUAGUAGUAGAAGGGACCAAACAACAACACACAAUACUGAUCAAGUUAUUAACAAAGAUGUACAAAUAGAGGAGGCAGGAAUAAGAUAUUCGGAUGAUUUAUAUGGGGUCCAAGCUAAAAUAAAUGUUUAUGAGCCAAAGGUUUAUAAAGAUGGUGAUAGUUACAGUCAAACAGGGAUUCAAAUUGGCAAUGGACCAAGGGGUCAUUUUGACAGUAUUACAGCUUUUUAUUCUGUAUCUCCAAGCUACUUUGGUGAUAGCUUUGGAAGGUUUCAUGUUGGUUGGCGUGGUGGCAUAUCAAACAAGGUUUGCGUUGAUCACAAGUGUCCUGGAUUCGUUCAAGUUAGCUACAAUGUUGGCCUUGGUGGAAAAUUACAACAUGUUUCAGUCUACAAUGGACCACAAUAUGCAAUAGACCUUUUCAUUUUCAAGGAUCCAAAGACAAAUAAUUGGUGGUUAGUGUAUGGCCAAGAUAAGAUACCACUUGGAUAUUGGCCAAGUUCACUAUUCACUCACAUCAAGAAUAAAUGGAGCCUUUCAUUCUAGGGCGGGCAUGUUUCACGCCCAACGGCUUCACCACACUCUUCUCAAAUGGGCUGUGGGCAUUUUGCCUCGGAAGGGUAUGGAAAGGCUGCUUUUAUAAGUAGUAUUCAAAUUGUUGAUAAGAACACCAAGCUUGUUACACCAAAUGAACACAAAGUACUUGUUGGCUCUAGUGACUUGAGGAAAUAUACAGUCGAUGGUUAUGGAGUUAGUAAAGAUGGUAUGCAUAUGUACUAUGGUGGACCAGGUAAUUUUGUUUGAGUAUGUACUCUACAUGAUACAAUAAAGUUGGAUGCGCUUCAGGAUACUGCAUCUCGACUAUCAUCUUUGUAGUGUCGUGUGGCAACUGCUAGUAGGUGGCCUUUUUUUCCUACUUGUUUUAUGCUUUCUUUGGUGUGACUAUGUUGCUCCCCCAACCAUCGUUGUGAUGAUGAUGUUUGGAUGGCCGAUGUAUGGACCGUUGCUUUAUCUAUAAAGUGGGGCAAAAGCCUAUAUCGAUGACUACAAUAAAGUUUUCAUUGUAAUUCCAGAGUUGGACAUCUAUGUGUACUCAUACUAAUUAGGCAUUUCCUA